CUUCUGAGGGGUGCGCUCUUUCUCCUUCUCCUGGCAUAUAAUCCAAUUUUUCAAGCAUUAUGACUGCAAUGUUCAAUUACCUCAUAGUUGUUCUUAUGUUCAUCGUUGGCGUUAACAGCUACUAUAAGCUCGGAGGUGGAAUGUAUGGUGGUGGAGGUAUGGGAGGUUACGGUGGAGCACACGGUGGAAUCCACACUCCCAACGGUUGGAAACGCUGAUCGGUCAUCAACAGAUCGAUCCAUCAUGACUGCUUUAAUUUCUUUCUAUGAG